AUGGUAAAGCUGUUCUGCGCCAUUGUGGGUGUGAAGGGAAGUGCGUUUUCCGUGGAGAUCGAUGUGACUCAAAGUGUGGGGGACUUAAAGAAGGUCAUUAAGUCAAAAAAGGCGAACGCCUUGAAGAACUUUGAUGCGGACCAGCUGCAGCUCUUCCUGGCAAAGGGAACGGACGACAAGUGGCUAAAGGACGACGAUGCUGCUGCGCAACUGCUAUAUGGAGGUGAGAUACAUCCAAAUAUCCAGCAGAUGAUUAGUGUAAAGCAAGUGAUGGCAACGAGGACCUUACAGCGUUGGCUCUUUGAUGAUAACAAGAUGUCGCAGCCAUUGCCAGAACAAAUUCACGUGCUGGUGGUAGUUCCGUAUCAGGAACAACACGUACAAGCUCAAAAUGUCAAUGAGGCAGCACAGAUGCGAGAAAUAAUAAAUUGUUUAUUGCGGACUGCGCAGCAGCUUGAGCAAAUGAUGGCCUCCUUGCCACACAAAUCGUCAAAGUCCUUGUCGAAUGCAGCACUUGGUGAGCAAGAGCGAAUAAAACUGAAAGUAACAAAACAGGUCUUUGAAUUUGCACCAGUCGAGGGCGAAGAAGCAUUUUGGUCGAAGGAGACUCAGAUUAAAGCUGAUGUCAUCACGAAUGAGGCUGAUUUUGACGCAUUUAUUAUUCCUUUCUUCAGCAGCAUACUAGAAAGCUGUGGUUUGGUAUACGUGAAUAGUGAGAGGUAUCAAUGGUUCUCUCAGGGUUUCAAAUUAUAUAAGAACAAACACCUCAAACCGGAUGGAUUUGCGACCCAUCCUGGAAUGUAUCGUGUCAAGCCAGAACCGCAAGAUCGUGUUCAUCGCCCGGAUGGAUUUCGAUUUGGAGUUGCAGAAGAAGAAUUGUUCGACUGCCUCAUUCUGUUCGAAAGCAAGCUUAGUUUAUCUGACGCUGCGUUUGGGCAAGUGGUAAAAUACCUGCAAAACCUUUGCCCCGAGGCGUCAGCAUACGCCAUUCUUUUUGACCGUCAGUCAUUCUGGUUAAUCAGUAGCUACAAGGGUUAUGUUUACAGAGUUCAAAAGGCGAAGUGGAUCACCAGGGGCUCGAAAUCUUUGUUUCAGAACUUCAUUUGUGAGAACACGUCGCCGUGGGUGGCAUACUUGACCAAUGCCUGCGAGGCAUUACAUGUUAAUGUGGUGGAAGGCGAUGCAUUUCUCGGCCGUGGUGCAUAUGGACGCGUUUUCAAGGUAACUGGGCAGGAUGGAAAGAUUUUCGCGCUGAAAAUCGCAACGGAUGUGGAACGUCUUUAUCGGGAGCGACGAGCCUUGUUAAUGGCCGAGCACACAGGCUUGACGAUUAAACCUAUUGGAGAUGUCACCGCAACUAUGGAAAGCGGUGCGCUAUUACUGUGUCCUGUCGGGAAACCUUUACCGCGACCAACGACUGGAAUGGAAGUACGAAACCUCUUUUACAUGUUAUGGCAGCUUCACGCGAAUAACCUGGCUCAUGGAGAUCCUCGUGUGUCAAAUGUGAUACUCACUGAGGAGAAGACUCUCUGGAUUGAUCUUGUGAUAGGAGAUAAUGCGACCCCUUAUUUGAAACGACGGGAUGCUGAAAUACUUACACGUUCCAUUCUGAGACUCCCUUACGAGAAUUCGCUGAGCCUGGCGCUGGUGCAGUCGCUUAAUAGCUAUUUUCAAUGCGCUACGCAAGAAAAUCUCGAUCGUUUGGCUGAAGAAGUAGCAUCAGCUGCAGGUUUUAGUGACUAG